UCCUUCAUCACUUCCGUCCGGAUGAUUAUAGAUGUGGGACGGGAGCGAUGGAAAAAUGUCGGCGGCGUUGCUCCAAAUGUCAUGUUUGUACCGGGGGAUGUUCGCCGUCCGGACCACCGGUACCAGAACGCUGAUCCCCGGGUUGGUCCCGGCGCAGUUCCGAGCCUUUUCGGUGCGGAAGGAACCCGACCUGGAGGAGAACCCGUUCUAUAACAAGUACCAGGACAAGAUCCAGAAGCUCCGCAGUUCCAAACCACAGGAGUACAAGGAGCGCCUGGAGAAACGGCAGGACACCAAGAAGGAGAUCCUGGGACAUUCGAAGCAGGCGGAGUUUGUCCAACUCAUGGAGGAGGAGUUUGAGAAACGAGACAAGAUGGCUGCUGGUGACGAAGCAUCAGGAGGUUUCACCAAGAACAAGACUCUGGGCUCCAUCUUGAACAUGGAGAUGAUCAAAGACAAGACAGGCGAGGAGAUAGCAGAGCUUUGGACGAGAUAUUAUUCCGCCAAAGACACAAUCAGCGCCGUCAUCCCGUCACACACAUACGAGGUGAUAUUCAGCAGAUCCCAGACCUGCCCCAUGUUCCUUUACGCUCUGCCUCAGAAGGACGGUUACGAGUUCUUCGUGGGUCAGUGGUCCAGACACGAGCUCCACUUCACCUCCCUCAUAAACGUUCAGACGCUGGGCGAGACUGCUCCGAGUCAGCUGAUCCUCUACCACUACCCGGACCUGAAGGAGAGGGGCGUUGUGCUGAUGACGGCUGAGAUGGACCCAAAGUUCAUAACCAUCCACCAGGCUCAGUGUUUGGCCAAUCAGGUGCAGCUGUUCUACGGUGCUCAGAGGCAGGAGACGUACCGAUUGGUGGAGACGUUCAACUACCAUCCUGCAGACUUCAGACACAUGUCUGUGAUCGCCGAGCUGGAGCAGAGCGGGCUGGGGGGCGCCGACGCCUCCGGGGGCUCCCGAGAUAAAAACUGUUGACAUUUAAAGUUUCAGAGACUUCCUUCAUCUUCUCAGCCCUUCUCUCAUGGAACCAUUCCGGUGAAUGGAUGAACUCUUCUCACGGCCACAGGAGAGCCAUGUGGAUGAAUAAACGAGCGGCUGAAGUUAGCUGUGUGUGCUUUAUAGGAAGCCUAGGAGCAAAGUUUGGUGGUUAGGUCAGAGGCUCUUUUCCUCCCAGAGCUGAAUCAAAGGAAACAUCUGGCUUCAGGCUGAGUUUGGUAAGAAAAUUCAGUCGAAACGGAUCAUUUCUCAGCUUUAUUUAUCUAAAACAUGUAAAUGCAGUGCAAAUCCCCGAGGAGUCCUCAGAGAUGAUCAGAUGUACAAAAACAUUUGUCUGGUGACGUCAUCGUUUAAACAAACAGUAACGUAUUAAAGACAUAAAAAAUC